AUGUCGACCUCAUGGCUGUAUUCGGUCCUUCUGACCUUGACCUUUCUCCCCAACACUGCUGCAUUCGAAUGGGACGACUUCACCAAUAACUUGGCAACCGACUUAGGACCUGUCAUUGCGCUAUUUGGCGAGCAAGUGUCAAAGCAAUUUCUAAGCGAAUCUCUGACUACAUGGGACAACAUAAUAUUUGCAGUAGCGCCAUUGGGAAUCCUUACGGCUGUGGUUUCAGCAAUCCGUGUUUGUGGCAGCCCCUCUCUGCGAGCCUUUAUUGGAAGAGCACAAGAAGGUCCUGGGAUUGCGGAGGUUGAGCUGCUAUCCUGCACAUCAGAAACGACAUCUGAAUUGUGGAACCAAGGUGGAAUCGCUCGAGUGUUUGGCAGACCACAAAUCCUAGAAGUAGUAAGGACUACGAACAAAGACAAGGAAACGUGCAUGAGGCUCUUCGACCAAGCUUGUGGACAACUGAAGGAAGAUGCAAGUAAGGAGUCGGCCAGCGGAGAACCAUCAUGGAUUGUUGAACGAGACGAAAAAACUUCCCAGUUUGACACCCGUGGACACCUUAGCCCUAAUCUCUCGCUGAACUUUGGAAUCAAAAGGCUACGCAAAGCGUUCACCUACGGUGCAGCUAUCCUCGGGCUAACGCUGCAGAUUGGAGUCUUGGUCUAUGCAGGACUGACUGCUUACCGGUUCCCUCAAAAUUUUUUGUUGAACGACAAACCGAUAGAGAGAUACGCUUUCCCACUGACUUUCUCCGGUACACUAUUGGUGUGCUGUGGCAUGUUUCUCUGCGCUUACAUCAUUGAAAAUCAGACGGACGAGAUAUAUUAUAAGCGGAAUCAUCAGGUUACAAGCCAGUUAUACUGGAUACAACCAGGUGGUCAAAAGAUUGGCGAUCAGGUUUUCGAAGCGUUUGUGGGGAAAAGCGACGACGCUGAGUACAUUAGGUCAUCGAGAACCGACCGUGAUCGCCCAUGGGUAGAAAUUAUCCUAUGGACAGCAGUGGUCAUGACGACAAUUGGUUUUGUAGUCCAAUUUAUUGGACUCAGAGGGAUGCACUCAUCUGUCACUGUCGCUCAACUGAUUUCUACCUUGAUCAUGGCAGUUGUAAGAGCAGGCCUUCGAACCCAGCGGAUGGACAACAACCGAGAUAUAAUUGCAUGUUCCGGCAACGACCUUAACCUAAGAAAAAAGGUUAUAGGCCACGAGUUAGAUUUCUUAGCGCUACAUCUCGAGGACAUCAGUGCGAUUAGUAUCUGUACUCAGAGGUUGGAAAAACGGUCACGAGGUAUGUUCUAUGAUCAUAAUAGCAAACUACCAAAAAGGUGUCUUAACUUUGUAGGGUCUUCUUUAGAUAAGGGAGGACGUGCGUUGAAAACCAGGUUUGACCUUGCUGGUUUGACCAGUGGGAUAGGAGACCACUCAUGGCACAGUAACCCUGUUAAGCAGAUGGCAACGCGGUUACAGUCGGUCAUUGAUGGUGCCAGGCGAGUUUUGCAACUUCCGUUGCCGCACAGUCCCUCGGAUAAGUGCAUACCUCUCGAAUAUACGUGGAAGUCAGAACCCGAUGGGAAGGUUUAUGACAGUUCCUUCACUCUCAACUUACGUAAUAAAAGCUCAAUAUGGAAGGUAGAUGUGCUCCAGCUCGAGGCACUAUUGGGAGUAUGGGCUUGGUCACUUUGCAACAGCACUGAUUCGGGAGACACAGCCAGCGGACAUGGGGAAACCGCACGUCUGAUCACCUUGGAUUCGAGUGGCACACAAGAAGACAAUGAGCUCUGGUACAAAAUAUGGAUUCAGAGAGACCUCAGUUUG